AUGGGAAAUGUGGAGAGCCAAAAUGGAGGCCACGCCUACUACAGUGAGGGGCAGGGCCACCUCUCACGAAAGCACAUGACCCGAUCACUUCGCAUCUCUAACAAGCAGUCUCGACGAUCGCGUCAUGCCUCAACCAGCAAGGCUGAACACCGCAACUCUGAGACCAGCACAAAAUCUAGCAGCACCCCUUCCAUUCCACAGUCCUUAAGUGAAAAUGGCCUGGAACCCUUCAAUGUGACAGAUGCUUUGGAGGGCUAUGGGGGCACUAUUUGGGUGGACCGGAUGGCCAUGAACUUGCGGCCGGUGUCCUUCCACGACAACUUGGCGGAUCCCACCACCACGCCUGGCUCCGAAGAUGGAGUUGAGAUGGACACAGUGGUGGCAGAUGGUUGUGAUGAUGAUGGACUUUUCACAGGUGAGGACACAUACCUGCAGAGGACCAGAGACGGUCCUCGGGAAGGUGGCAGCUUCAAGAAGAAGCGCUCCAAAUCUGCAGACAUGUGGAGAGAGGAUUCCAUGGAGUUCUCCCUGUCGGAUCUAAGCCAAGAGCAUCUGACAAGCACAGAGGAGAUUAUAGGGACAAAUGAGGAUGAGGACAAAAGCUUUGCCAACUGUGGAGGACGGCAUCGCACCUCAAGCCCGCGGACUCUCGAGUCUCACUCAGGAGAGAGAGCCAACUCUUUAGAUGAACUUUGCACACAGAGGCUUCCUCUUCGUGGCUCCCACCAUCUCUAUAAUGGUCACAAUCCCGAGAGGACGGAAGGAGGCGGAAUAAACGACGAGAUCUUGUCUCCUGCAGAGGAGGAAGGGAACGGAUAUGGAGCGUACACUCUUCCUUGUCGUCGUUCUCACUGCCUGUCUGAAGGACUGUCCAAUCAUAAGACUACCAUCUGCUCACGUAUGCAGGGACGGCGUGCGCAAACAACACAUGAUAUCACAGCUUGUGAGGGCAGCGAGUAUGGAGACAGUGGUAUUGACGGUGGUGCAGCUGAGGUCGAGCACUCCUCGCGCCGUUGCAAGGCCAUGUCUGCGUCCUUCUCCGUCUACUCCACUGCUAGCGGAAGCAUCUUCGCGGGAAGUGACAGUGGCAGCAGCAGCGGAGGUGGAGGAGACCGUGAACGUCAAGCUGGUGGAGAUCAAGGCGUGUACGAGAACUUCCGUCACGAGCUGGACUUGAACUCCAGACAGACGCGGGAAUGCCUCGAGGAAGCCAGUUCGGCUGCCAGCGAUGAAAGGAGCAGUGGAACGCUAAGCUCCGUUUACCCCUCAGACAUUCUACUUAGCACGGUGCAGGGCACUGUGCGGAAGGCCGGCAUACUUGCUGUGAAGAACUUCUUAGUACACAAAAAGAAUAAGAGGGUGGAGUCAGCAGCAAAAAGGAAGUGGAAGCAGUAUUGGGUGUCACUCAAAGGAUGCACUCUGUUUUUCUACGAAACGGAUGGGCGUUCAGGGAUUGAUCACAACAGCAUUCACAAACAUGCAGUCUGGGUGGAGAACAGCAUUGUCCAGGCUGUACCAGAACAUCCCAAGAAAGACUUCGUGUUUUGUCUGAGCAAUGCACUGGGAGACGCCUUUCUCUUCCAGACAUCAGGUCAAACAGAGCUGGAAAACUGGAUAACCGCCAUCCACUCAGCCUGCGCUGCGGUCGUCGCCCGGCAGCACCACCGCGAGGACACAGUACGAUUGCUGCGUUCUGAGAUCAAGAAGCUUGAACAGAAGAUCGACAUGGAUGAGAAAAUGAAGAAGAUGGGUGAAAUGCAGCUCUCUGCCGUCACUGAUGGGAAGAAGAGGAAGACUAUCCUGGAGCAGAUAUUCCUCUGGGAGCAGAAUUUGGAGCAGUUUCAUAUGGACAUGUUCCGGUAUCGCUGUUACCUGUCCAGCCUGCAGGGCGGCGAGCUUCCAAAUCCAAAACGCCUACUUGCUGUUGCUUCCCGCCCCACCAAACUGUCCAUGGGUCGUCUUGGCAUUUUUUCAGUAUCAUCGUUUCAUGCCUUGGUGGCAGCGAGGACGGAUGGGGGAAUUCGGAAACGUACCCAAGCCCUGUCUCGUUCCUCCAGUAAACGGAAGAGCCGUUUCUCCUCUCUAUGGGGUCUGGACACUACCUCAAAAAAGAAAACCAAAGGCAGACCCAGCAUUAACCAGGUGUUCGUAGACGGGGAAGAGCCGGUAAAGAGGAAUCUCGAGCACAUGUUUGAGGACACUGGAAAGGAGACACUGCAGAAGGACCGAGAGGGUUCGGUGAAAAGCCUCCCCCAACACAAGACGGACAAUGAAGUUUGGGUGCCCGACUACCUCACGCCGUCCUGGGUCUCUUUACCUGACGAUCGACCUGUGUUGGCUAUCAUACAACCGGGGGAGACGGCCAUGGAGGCCCUGGAGACACUGUGCAGGGCUCACAGACUGGAUCUUUCCAAGCACUAUAUACGGUUGAAGUUCCUUGUCGACAAUCAAUUGCAAUUGUAUGUCCCCAAGCCUGAGGAGGACCUCUGUGACCUGCUGUUCAAAGAAAUUGAAAUUUGUGCCAAGACAAACAAAGUCAUCCAGUUUGACAGAGAUGAGUCCUGUGCCAUAGGCUACGGUUUCUCAGUGGCAGUAGUAGAGGAGGAUGGAGGCCAGCAGCUUCAUAUCACUGACGUGAAAGCCGGAGGUCUGGCAUUCGCCAAAGGUCUGCGAGCAGGUGAUGAGAUUCUGAAAUUGAACAGUAAGCCGGCGAGCGCUUUGGAGCUGGCAGACAUGCAGGCUGCGUUUUCUCUGCCCUCUCUCACCCUGACUGUCAGCACGCUGCCCGCUACCGAUCCACACCAGCUGUGCCAGCUGCCUCCCCGCCGAUCGGACGGGGCGCAGGACCUCUGCACUGACAUCUUUUCCCAGAGUCAGGAGGACAUCCUAGAUGAAGGUCUUGGCCUGGUUCUGCACAGCCCUGAUGACACGGUGGAGGACAGGGUAAACCUAAUGGCUGAGAGCCCCGCCGACAGCCUGGAGGAUGAAGUAGACUCAGCACACAAGAGUACGGAGCAGGUGACUGCUUUUUGCCGCAACCUUCAUGACAUGAAUUCCACCGAGGGUCCCGUUUUCUGUUCCUCGUCUUCCUCCACAUCUUCCUCCUCUUCAUCAUGUGUGCCCAGCCCCAUCACACCCAUGCCUGUUCUCUUCACCCCCCGCCAGCUCUCCGAUGCUUAUAAACUCCGUAAAGUCAUCAGUGAGCUGGUGGACACUGAGAGGACCUAUGUUAAGGACCUAAACAUUUUGAUAGAGCGCUACCUGAACCCCCUGCAGAAGCAGAGCUUCCUUUCUCAGGAUGAGCUGGAUGUGCUUUUUGGAAACUUGGCGGAGAUGGUGGAAUUCCAAGUGGAGUUUCUGAAAACUCUGGAAGAUGGAACCAGAUUAGUUCCAGAUUUAGACAAACUGGAGAGAGUGGAUCAGUUCAAGAAAGUUCUGUUUUCUCUUGGCGGAUCCUUCCUGUACUAUGCGGACCGUUUUAAAAUCUACAGUGCAUUUUGUGCCAGCCACACAAAGGUCCCCAAGGUCCUUACCAAAGCUAAAACAGACCCGGUGUUCAAGGCGUUCCUGGCUGAGAGGAACCCCAGGCAGCAGCAUUCCUCCACGCUGGAGUCCUACCUGAUCAAACCCAUUCAGAGAGUCCUAAAAUACCCACUACUCCUGAGGGAGCUUCACUCUCUCACCGACCCAGACAGCGAGGAACACUACCACCUGGAUGUUGCUAUGAAAGCCAUGAACAAAGUGGCCAGUCACAUAAAUGAGAUGCAGAAGAUUCACGAGGAGUAUGGAGCGGUGUUUGACCAACUCAUCAGUGAGCAGAGCUCUGAGAAGAAAGAGGUUGCUGAUCUGUCAAUGGGUGACCUCUUGCUGCACGACACUGUGGUCUGGAUCAACCCACCCUCUUCUCUCAUGAAGGGGAAGAGAGACACAGAGCUGGCUGCGUUCGUUUUCAAAACGGCAGUUGUUUUUGUGUAUAAAGACUGCUCCAAGCACAAGAAAAAAAUUGGUGGAUCUCACAGAGCGUCAGUCCUUGAUGAACGAGACCCGUUUCGUUUUAGACACAUGAUCUCUACAGAUGCUCUCCAAGUUCGCAACCUCCCAAAUUCCGAGGGAUCUGCAUUGUGUGAGGUUGUUCACAUGAGGUCAGAAUCUGAAGGUAGACCUGAGAGGACCUUCCACAUCUGCUGCAGCUCUCCAGAGAGUAAAAAAGACUUCCUAAAGACAGUUCAUUCCAUCCUGAGGGAAAAACAACGACGUCAGUUAAUGAAGACAGAGAGUUUACCUCCAAAUCAGCAGUAUAUUCCCUUUGGAGGGAAACGGCUUUGUGCACUAAAGGGUUCACGACCCGCCAUAAACAGAGCGGUUUCAGACCCAUCUCGAACCCUCGGCCGCCGGAAGCUGAUCCGUAAUCGUUUCACCAUAGACACAGGUGUGAUUUUUGACGACGGCUCGUCCCAGGACCUGUCACCCAUCACCCCGACAGAGUUCCCGCUGUCGUCUUCACUCCAGAAACUCCAGCAGCCCAUCCAGGACACAGACCGCUGGGUGGAGGACCAGUUUGACCUGCAGCACUACGAAAACCAGAAUGACGUAAAGGAGACGGACAUCCUCAGCGAUGACGACGAGUACUGCCAGUCCGUCCGGGCCCCUUCCUCUGAUCCGAGCCUGGAGGAAUCCUUCGAGGCCCUUUCGGUGGAAGGAGAUGAAGUCAAGGAUCCUAACGGACUCUCUGAGGACAAAUCUCCAAAAUCCCAAGCCCCCCCAAAGUUGACCCUCCUGAGAAAGCAGUGCGCAGUGGAGGGCGUCGCUUCCGAGAGGGACUGUGAGGUUAUUUGGGUUCGCAGGGACGAUUUUAAAAACAGCUGCAACAGUGACAUCUUCUGAGCGGAGAGAGAGUAUGCAAACUGUGAACUUGUGCAAGAAUAAGGCAGAUACCUGCUGAGUCCAAGCCUUAUAGACACGAUGCACUGACAAUCCUACUGAAUAGCCAGAACUGAA